AAACUUAUCAUACUAGCAGGAUUUUGCGGCAAAAUGAAAUUCUAAACAAUACAGCUUAUAUUGCUUUAAAAUAGCGAAACAUUUUAAUAAUAUUUAAGUUUUAGGAUGUUUCAAUCACAAUACAGAAAGAUAGUGUACAAUUUCUGACUUAAGUCUAAGACUGCUUUAUGAUCCAGAGGCUUGAUUUAUAAAAACUUUCCCGGCCUUGAAUCUCGUUCAUUUGUGAAGCAUUCCAAAGUAUAAAAUUAUGUAAUUUUCAUUUUAGUGUUGUAUCAAAUUAUAAAUAAUUUCUAUAGAAAUGGUGCAUUUGUGACCUUGUCAUGAUCUACUAAUCGUACACCUACUUUAAUCUGAUUUUUUUUAAAAUCAAUAAUUUUAAGGUUAGAUAUUUUGGUUUUAUUUAAAUUAUUUAUUUAUUUAUUAUUUAUUAAUUAUUAUUUAUUAAUUAUUUAUUUGUUUUGUACAUCCUUGACGCAUUUUCUAGAAACAGUGGUAAAGAAAACUGUUCGUCAUUUGAAUGUAUUUUUACAAGGCCAGGUUAAUAAAAGAAGAGUUAUCUCUCGUUAUUAUGUGUAAGCCCUUAUAACACGGCAUCCCGCUAGGCGGCAUUGAGAUUGUCAAAGUAAACAGGGCAGACAUCUUACGGAGAAAACAGGGGAAAAUUGAAUCAGAGACACGUCAUGUUUAUUAUUUAGAUGCAAUGUAAGUAUGCAAUGUGGAUCGUAACACUACUUGUAGCAAUUUAAAAAAAUAUCUCAAAUUACGCAACCCUUAUCAAGUUGUGUAUUAACAUUAUCGUGUCAAUGGCCUCCUUUGUCGGCCGAUUAUCUGAAAUUCAGGCCCUUACGGAUACAUUUCAGCAGCAUAAAGUCGUUGUAAUUCGUGGAUUCAAAGGGGUUGGAAAAUCAGCACUUGCAAGAGAGUUUUGUAAACAUUUUCAACGGCCGUAUUACUGGAUUGAACUUAGGAAUAUUACAGUCGCCAAUGAAAUUCUGCAAACAUUAGUUCGUGUUUUCUUGCAAGAAACAAUUGUAUUGGAUGACCCAAAAUCUUUACUCCAGUUGAUUUGUACAAAUAUUUCAGGAAGAAGAUAUCACUUAGUCAUUGUAUUUGACAAUGCAGAGGAUGUUGUUAAAGACGCCGAUUGUAAUUUGUUUGUUGAAAUCCUACAUUCACUUUCAAACUUGAACAAUACAAGCACAUUGGUGACAACUACUGUGAAAAUACCAGUCCAAGAUUAUCAAAUCGGCGACGUUUUCUUACAAGAAUUGUGUUUUGAGGAUUCAUUUGAUCUUUUAAAGAGCGUCUGUCCAACACUGAGGGAUACGGAAAAGAUUGCUGCUAUAAUAAAUCUUUGCGAAGGUAUUCCGUUGGCAUUGCUUUUGGCAGGUGGAGAAAUUGGACUACUGGACGUGGAUGAAGUUAUAUAUCUUCUUAGUCAUUACAGACUGAAGGUCUUAAGCUCAGAAUGUUACCCAAAAGAAGAACAAAUAGAGCCGAUAUACAAAGGUUUUUUAGACAGACUUCCAGAGGCUUUGGAAGAAAAACUGACUGAUUUGAAUUACAUUCCGGGCUCGUUUAAUUUAGAGGAAGCUAUAUCAGUGUUAGGUUCAGCAGAAGACGAAGCUAAGGACAUAGUGCAAACGUUUUUUGAUCGUCACUUGAUCUCGCAAAUCUCGGAUGACAGACUUGAUAUCCAUGGAAUAAUAAGAGAUUGCUUGAAGGAAUACUUUAAAAUCAAGGAUAUCAAAGAAGUUCGGGCUCGUUUUUGCAAAACAUUUUCUGCCAUAUUGAAACAAAUUGAAAAGAAAACCACCACUCAAGAAUUUGCUGAUGCCGUAUGUAAACUUAAUUUGGAAUAUCAGAACUUCCAGAAGUUGUUCACUGACGUCAUAUACUGCACCGAGGACACAUAUCACGUGUUUAUUGAUUUAGCAGCAACGACAGUAGCAGGAGGUUCCAUCAUCUUCACUACCAUGGCAACGUAUGAUAUAGGAAUUCAAUUUUAUGAAAAUUGUCUGAAAAAGGCAAUUGAAUUCAAAGAGGAAUUGGACGAGGCCAAAGUUUUAACUGGAUAUGGCAAAAUUUUGACGAACAUUAAGGGCGAUUGUGUAGAAGCAGAAAAGAAAUUUCAACAAGCUAUGGACAUAAGAAAACGAUACCCAAAUAAGAGAGACUAUUUUCUUGCUUUUUUCUGUCAAAGUUACGGAUGGAAUCAGGGAGCACAGGGAAAAUUUGUAAACGCUAUAAAAAUAUUGAAAGAAGCUUUUGAAGUGGAACAAGAGCUAGGGAUGCACUACGAAACCCUGAUUCUGCAGACUAUGCAAUCUCUUGCAAUCUUUCACAAUUUUUCUGGUCAUACUGAAAAAGGAGAGCCAUUGCAACUAGAGGUUCUUAAGCGUAGACUUCAUGUCAUUGGAACAGAAAAUCAUCCAAUCAUAGGGUCUAUAAUGAACAAUAUGGGUGUGCUAUACGAAAGAAAGGAAGAUUUCGCCAAAGCUGCUGAAUACUACAGAAAGGGACUUGCCAUAAAAGAGCAGACCAAUGCACCCAUCAAAGCUAUUAUGAUAUCCGAAAGUAAUGUUGCAAGAAUUUUACUUGAACUCAAUCAGAAUGAGGAGGCGAUUGAAUUAGUAGAAAAUGGUUUCAAACGUAUGGAAGAUAUUCCAGGUCUGUUCACAGACACAAGAUCAUUACUUCUGGAGACACUUGGUAAAGCUCACAUAAAAAUGGCAAACUUUCGAGAAGCCGCCGUGGCUUUGAAAAGAGCAAUUUCUUGUAGAUGCAAAGGUGCUCCAAAUGAUAAUUCCAUUUUAAACCUAGUGUGUCUGUAUGCAGAAAGUCUCCUUGCAUUGUCAGAAUAUGAAAAGGCUGCACAGGAGAUACAAAAAGGUUUCCGUCUAAAUGAAACCUUGAUCAUCAAUUAUCCAACAAAUACAAAUAUCGCUCUUGCGUAUGAAAAGCUAUUGGAAGCUUAUUUCGCGUUGAAGAGAAGAGAAGAUUUAGACAGAACAUAUGAAGCAGGCAGGAACGAAUUUUUCCGCUUAAUAAGAGUCUAUGAAGAAAUGAACAACUUCAACAAACGAGAAGAUUUACUGAAGAUUCUAAGCUCAGAAUGUUAUCCAAAAGAAGAACAAAUCGGGAGAUUGUGUUCAAGCAGAAAUUAUGGAUGGAAUCAGGGAGCGCAGGGGAAAUAUGUUAACGCUUUGAAAAUUUUGGGAGAGGCCUUUAAAGUGGAACAGGAGCUAGGGAUGCACUACGAAAACCUGAUUCUGCAGACCAUGCAAUCUCUUGCAAUCUUUUACAAUUUCUCUGGACAUAUUGACAAAGGAGAACCGCUGCAACUAGAAGUUCUGAAACGAAGACUCCAUGUCAUUGGGACAGAAAAUCAUCCAAUUAUAGGGUCUAUAAUGAACAAUAUGGGUGUGCUAUACGAAAGAAAAGAAGAUUUCGCCAAAGCUGCUGAAUACUAUAGAAAGGGACUUGCCAUAAAAGAGCAGACCAAUGCACCCAUCAAAGCAAUAAUGAUUUCCGCACAUAAUGUCGCGAGGAGUUUACUUAAACUUAAACAAAAUGAUGAGGCCAUUGAAUUGAUACAAAAUGGUUUUAAACGUCUUGAAGAUUUCCCGGAUCUCUUUAGCGAUACAAGAUCAUUACUAUGGGAAACAAUGGGUACAGCUUACAUGUCAUUGGACAAUUUCAAAGAAGCCUCACUGGCUUUUAAGAAGGCCAUAUAUCUUAGAACUCAAACUUCACCACAUGAUAAUUCAAUUCUAGGAUUAGUGUGUUUGUAUGCGAAAAGCCUCCUGGCAAUGUCUGAAUAUACAAAGGUUGUUAGAGAGGUACAAAAAGGCCUGCGUCUCAGCGAAUCUAUAAGAAAAAAUACACCCACAAAUCCGACAAUUAUUUUUACAUAUGAGAAAUUAAUGGAAGCUGAGUUUGCUUUAAAGAGAAGAGAUGAUCUAGAGAAAACAUACAAGGCAGGCAAGGACGAGUUUUUUCGCUUAAUAAAAGUUUAUGAAGAGUUGAAAAACUUUAACAAACGAGAAGAUGUGUUAUUACAUUUCCAGCGUUUUAGAGCAAGAUAUUUGGAAAUGUUAAGAGAACUAAACAACGAAAUUCCCAACGAAAUUGACAGCGUCGUUUUGAUAUCCCUGCUUGGUUUAAAGAUUGUGUGCAUCACGUUUCUGUUUCUGUGCAUGAAAUCAAAAGAGAAAUAAAUGUUCAUGCUUUAAUCAUUGAACCAAUAUGGUUAAAAUAUAUUGAUGAAUCAUAUAAUUUAUCUGAUUCUGUGGCAGAUUCCUUCUUUGAUAAGUAAAUUGAUUAAAAAAGAAUCUAACGGUUGAAUGAGGUGACGAAACAUUGCAUUAUAUUUGCAUUUCCAGUGCCCUUGCCUGUGCUAACACAACGUAUCGAUUUUGUACUAUAUAAUCCAUUAUACAAAUGACGCCAAAUUGAGGGCCAGCGGGGUUUGCUUAUUUAUAUUUAUAUAUUUAAUCGUACGAUGGCUUAAAAUUAUAUAAAUAUAAGUAAUAAGGAAUCAUUGUUUGAAUAUUAUGAGGUGAUAAUUUCGGUCGGAGCGUGAUCAAAUCUAUCAUAAAGCCCUUCGGGCUU